CGGUCAACACCACCUAGGUGGGCACCUGGCACACGCGCCCUGCAGGGGCCAACACCCCUUUUAACGUAGAAAUAGGUUAAGUUUAUAUUUAAGAAUUUUUUUCUGGUUAAUUCAGACACUCUACAAUUAAAUGAAAGUAGUCAAUUUAAAAUUAUCAAACUUUAAUUUCAGUAUACGUGUAAUCAAUUCCUCGUACAAUGUGCGGGUAUAAUAAGUAUAUUGUGCUUUUAUCAAAUUUGAGUAAUUUAACGGACUAAUAACUGCACAUUGCGACGACGUUGAAUCAGCUGAAACUCAACAAUGGCGGGCUUCUUCAACAAUGAAAUAUAAUAUCUAAUUUACAAACUAAAACAAGUUUACAUAGAAUUUGGCAGCACACCUCAAAACAAAUGACAGUGCUCGUGCGCUAGUAUAAUUGAAAAUGUGAGGAUCGUUGUCAGAACCUGGUCAGAGCAGUGUCAGAGGGCGUAGUUCGUACAAUAGUGCUGAGAGAUUCCAGGAGUCAUUAAAUUAUACGUUUCCAACAUGCGAGUUACGACGGCAGUAAGAGCAUGGAUGACUGUAAAGCCACAUGUUCCACUCAUCAAAUUUCGUAAAGGAGGGCUCCAGGCCAGUGACCCACGUUUAACAGGAGCUCACGGUGGCCCUAAUGUACCUAGUCAUGGAUCACCAUCUGGAGCCCCUCCAGGUCCUGGGAAGACUGUUCAAAAGCCUAUAAUAGAAGAUUAUCAGUUACCUCCUAAGUAUCGAAGAGCUCCCUUAAGCGAACAAGAAAUUGAGUAUAUCAAUAGAGGUGGCCCUGAAUGAAAUAUAGGAACAAAUACUCAGUAUUUUAGCAGAACUUGAAGUAAAUACAGCAAAGAAAAGUGUGAAUUGAGAGGUCAGCAUUGUGUAUUUAUUGCAGUUAUUAUGUUAUUUAUUCCUUGGAAUGUUUAAGUAUAUUACAUGCAAAUUAUUAUUGUAAAUAAAAAACAUUGAAGUUUAACUGCAAAGAUGUCUUAGUAUGUUUAGUAUGUUCUUAAAACAAAUCAUUCAUAUUUCAUUAAGUCAUUCGACAACUUUAUAUUCCAAUCAUUCAAUAUUAAUAUAAAUAUAAUUAUUAUUAAUAUAUAAUAAUAUUCCAAACAUUCAAUCAUAUAUUUCAUUGUUAGCUAUAAACUGACAACCCUUUUAAAGUAGGGAAGUGCUUCUGAAAUCCAUGUAGAGAUCAAUUGCCGUAAAGUACAAAUGGUUAUUACUUCAAAAAUGUUUAUAAUUUGAAGACCUUGUAUGAUACUUAAAAUGACUUCACAUUUAACUUCUGAUGACACUUCAUAUGCACUCUGUUAUAUUCACUGACUGUUACUUGGUGUUUCCAUGAAAACAAAAUGUUUGAAUCGGAAGCAAGUUAAUACUUAACUAUUGUUGGGACAAAAAGUGGAUAGAAAACAUAACCAAAAUUUCAAAUUCUAAAUUAUCAACUUAUAUCUGGGAUUAUUCAUCCACAUUUAUAUCUCAUACCUGCAUAAGCAUUUUUACUCCUUUUGAAAACCUUUUGUUUGUGUAUUUAACGGAAGCAACAGAUAAUGGUUACUAUCUGUUCUUGUGCAUGAGAAAGCAGAACCAUAAUGUAUUUACCACAUUAUACCUUGAUGUAGAUAAUAUAUGUCAAAGAGCUGAAUAUUGAAAGAAAGUUGUCAUGCAAAACUAUCUUAAAAUGUUGAAAGAGUAUGUUUUAGGGAGCCCUGAUAAAUAAAAAACAGUUAUUCAUAAAAGCCUCUCCUGCCCAUUUCUGAACAACACUAGCUCCUAAAUCAUCUGCAGGAAAUUUUGUCAAAAUAAGUAUUUUACUUUUCAUCUUACAUAACUUAUGGAUCUGUGAAUUUGAAUCACACACUUUUGUUUUGGGGGUUCUGUGAAUGAGGAUCACUCAGAAUAUUGACUAACAAUUCCAGCUAAUGAAUUAAUUAAUAAUUUUUAUUAGAACAUGAAAAUGAGUGUGAUAUAUCCUAACUGUGCUAUGCAUCAUCUAAUUAAUACUUUGUAAAAAAAAAAGGUAAAUUAGAUGUAAAACAUCCUAAAGCCACAGAUUGAAGUUGAGCCCAAUGAAGUUAAUUUAGAGGUCUGAAAAUUUCAUUUCAUGGAAUUAAGAAUAUUUGUAUCAUUUUCUCUUGAUGUUCAUUACCAUUUAAUGAAAUUAAUAUUUGAAUAAAAGGUGGUCUAUCAAUGAAUUUAUGUUGUAUACUACAUACUUACUAAUGUAGCCUUUUAUUUAUAUUUAUAUUGUUUUGUGCUUAGUGUUUUAAAUCUUUAUUCUGGACCAGAUGAUCAUGGCUAAGCCAUCAAAAGCUGCUUGUGAAUAAAAAUAUUGACAACACCUUUUAUUCAGAUAUUUGGAAUGUCAACAUUACUUUACAAAUAAACCAAUGAAUUCAAUUCUUAAAUACCAUUUCAUACUUUUAAAACAAAAACUGUGAAAUUAUAAGGCAAAUCCCAUCAGUAUGUCCCAU